AUUUAUUCUUAGAAAUAAUUGUAGAUGCUAAGACAUAUAUAUUUACUUAGAAUCAAAUUUUGGUGUCAACUUGAACCUUUUUCCCAGGUUAAUAGUUAUACAUUAUGAUCGUGCACGUGUUCUUAAUCUUUUUGUAAGAGAUAAAAGAUUGAGAAGAGUAUCCUUCAAGUGCAAGUUAAAUUUGUCUAUUGAACCAAAAAGUUCUUGAAGGUGGUAUAAACCAUUUAUUCACAUCACAACUAUUCUGCAAAUAAGUGCAAGUUAUUGUCACUUUAGACCUAUUUUAUGUCUAGCAACUAAUUUUGUUACCGGUGAAAACAUGUGCUCAUGUGCUGAGUCAAUUGCUCCUAAGUCAUCAUUGAAGAGAGUAGUACCAGAAGGAAGUCGUGCCCCCAGUUUUGGCAAAAAGAAAGAGGUACAUUGGGCAGAUGAGAAAAGUGAUGAUGUUUCUGUGUUGGUUGUGGGAACCAAGUCUUGGCCAGCUCUUUCUGAUGCUCAAACUCCAAAACCUAAGAACCAUGUUGAGAAUGUUCGUCCUGUGGCAUCACCACGCUAUCAAAAGCCAGGCCCCAAGCGCAAUGUUCGUUCUGUGGCACCUCCAACUCACAUUGCUGUUCCUGCAUAUGCUUUCCCACCUGGUUCAGGACCUUAUCCGAAUGGUGCGAAUCCUAAGCCUGUAUCCCCGGUAGCAGCAGGACAGGAAAGCAUGGAAAGAAGAAAAAGAAAAUCAUUAGCUCAUCAUAUUGAUUUAAAUGAGCGGGCUUCAGUCCAAGAUCCCUCUGAAAGGGACAGGAAAAAGAAGAGAAACGGUAACGACACAGUACUCAUUCAAUAUUCAAUAUUCUUGUCAUUAUGA